GGAGAAUUUGGGGAGAAAGUGUUCCCUCUUCGCGAACCUCAUUCUGGCUACCAUCUCGUGUUUCUUCCUCCUUUUCCUUACUCAAGGGUGACCUAAUUGUCAUCUACAUCAAGACCUUUAAUAAGAGGAGAGGACCAAAGUGACUUCCUGUGACAGCCCAGAAGAUAUAAACAAGAUGGAAGAACAGGAUUCUGAGUCAGCAUUUGGAACCCAGAAUUCCAGGAGCACACACGAGCGUGAGAUUUCCAUUCCCUCCCAUUCCUGGUCCUUGGAGAUGUUGUUACGCAAAUUGAAGGCCAUAGAGCUCAAGAAGGAUGACAAGCUGGCCAGUGUUCUGGAUGCUGUGGGGGAGUUCGGCACAUUCCAGUGGAGGCUGGUGGCCCUCACCUUGAUCCCCUAUGGGCUGCUGUCCUUCUUCAUGUUCUCAGAUAGCUUCGUUCUCACCGCCCAGAAACCCUACUGUAACACCAGCUGGAUCCUGAAAGUAGGUCCCAACCUCUCAGUGGCUGAGCAGAUGAACCUGACCCUGCCCCGAGCACCCGAUGGCAGUUUCCAGACCUGCCUCAUGUAUAUACCAGUGUCAUGGGAUCUCGAUUCCAUCAUCCAUUUUGGCCUCAAUUACACAGAAACAUGCAGAUAUGGAUGGAUCUACCCUUAUGCUAAGAAGCGCUCCCUGAUCAAUGAGUUUGACCUGGUGUGUGGCAAUGAACCAAACAAAGAGAACAUGCUGACUGUGUUUCUGGCGGGCUUCUUGACAGGGUCUCUGUUCUUCGGGUUCUUAUGUGACAAGAUAGGCCGCUAUCCCGUCUUCCUGAUGUCACUGGCAGGCUUCCUCUUCUUCGGAUUCGGAACAGCCUUUGUGAAAAGUUUUAACCAGUAUCUGUUCUUCCGCUUCACUUCAGCCCAGGCAUCUCUGGGCUACGUCAUCAGCAGUUCGUCUUUAGUCAUGGAGUGGCUGGUGGGUGAGCACCGGACCCAUGCGAUCAUCCUGCAGCACUGCUUCCUAGGAUUAGGGAUCAUUUUCCUGUCAGGAGUUGCCACCAAGAUUUUCCACUGGAGGCUCGUGUUCUUACUGGCUGGCGUGCCCUUGUUUCCCAUCAUCUCCAAUAUCUGGGUUGUCCGAGAAUCCCCACGGUGGCUGAUGGUCAAAGGGAAGGUGGACGAGGCCAAAAAGGUUCUGUGUUACGCAGCUGAGGUGAACAAGAAGACCAUCCCUUUAAAUCUACUGAAUGAGCUGCAGCCGCCGGCAAAGAAGGUUAAGAAGGUCUCGAUCCUGGACUUCUACACCAAUCAGCACCUUUUCAAGGUGGUCUUGACCAUGGCCUGUGUGUGGUUUUCCAUCAGUUACAUCUAUUUCACACUGAACCUCAAGUUGAAGGAUUGUGGGAUAGAGACCUUCCUCAUACAAAUAAUCCCAGGCAUUCUGGAGGUGCCGGCUCGGCUGUAUUGCCUCGUUCUACUGGAGAUUUUGGGGAGAAAGUGUUCCCUCUUCGCGAACCUCAUUCUGGCUACCAUCUCGUGUUUCUUCCUCCUUUUCCUUACUCAAGAGCUAAAGUCGACGAUAACCUUGAUGCUUGUGCUUGGACUGUUUAACAUUGUAGCCAGUGUCUCUGGGUUCUUCAUCUACACCUGUGAGCUCCUCCCCACUGCUCUCAGGUCUACAGGUCUGGGUAUGGUGGCUCUAGCCUUCUCAGCUGGAGGCGUCACAGCUCUGGCUGUCUACAACCAUAUCAAAACACAGCUGCCUGUCUUCUUCUGCUGUCUCUCUUGUGUUUUGGCCUUGUGUUUCUCCACCUUCGUGCCAGAAACAGGAAACCAGCCUUUCCGUGAUAGCAUGGAAUACGAUUCAAGAGAGUCUAUUGACUCCAAGAGGAAAAGCCAGAACAUCACUGCAAAGAUGCUAUCUGAGGAGUCCAUGUCUGACAUCUGGGUUGACGAUGUGGCAAAGAAUACCAUUCUCAAUGCCCUGCCGCUAAAAUCAGAAGCAAGCUGGUCCUCUGACACAGACUUGAAGGAACCCAGCAACGUGGUCGACGAAGUGGCAAAGAUUACCAUUCUCAACACGCUGCCGCUAAAAUCAGAAGCAAGUGGAUUCUCCAACACCAACUGAAGGAACCCAGCAACUGGGAGGAACCCAGUCCAGAUCCCUGAGGGCCAGGUUCCCCAGAACAUUGUGGACUGGACUUUACUGCCUGGGUUGAGGGACAUGGAUUCAAAGUCUCAAAUUCUAGGCCUAGUCUGGCUUGUGGAGAGAAUCUGUCCUUCUUGAAGGCUAGCCCUCAGGGUCUAAAAAUAGCCCCUUGUACUGGGGAAGUUAAG